UUCCACCCCUCCCCUUCUCUGUUCCCUUAGGAUAUUGUAGGGAACCUAUGAUUAGUUUUUCUAACCAAGAAAGCACUUAAAUCUCUUUAAGCAAGUACUUUCAUAACAUCUGAUUGAGUAACCCCAACUUGCUGUUCAGCUCAUCCUACUGGAGACAAAGAAGCAAAGGCCACUAAGAAGGGUUCCAUCUCUAAGCAACUUUGAAGGUUUUGAUGACAACUGAGGUUUGAAAGAGCAGCUAAAGAGAAGUGUCUAUACAUGGGAGGAGAGCGCAAACAUACAUAGAGACCUUGAAGGUGAAUCUUCUAAGGCAGGGAAGAAGCAGAGACUUAUAUCCAUUGAAUCAAAAUGCAAGAACAUACCAUAUCCAAGGCUGACCAGUUCUCUGGUGGUUACUGCUACUGAUCCAUCCAAACUGCUGGACUUCUUCAUACCCAAGGUCUUCAGGCAGUAUCUAAUGGGAAGUCAACUUAAAGGAACCAGACCAUCAUUUCCCAGCCUGCCCUUUUAUUCUGUAGCUACCUCUAUGUGAGGAAAGGAUAGAAAACAUUCAAGACAUCAUACGGGCUUACGAUCUACAGAUUCCAACCAGUAGCAGUGGCUGACUCCUACAUAGAAGACUGGGAACUACAAACAGGCUGGGGUCACCUCAGUGACAUCUGACGCUGUCCAACCAGAAGUCUGACUUGUGUGUUGCAGGAAUUGAAGAAUGUACUAAAAGACUAAAAUAUUUCGUCUCUAUACUUUCUCAUUUGUUUUUAUUGUUUUUAAUUCUGGCGGGAGAGGGGUUCAAAUUCAAAUAGAAUUUCCUAUAAUCUGGAAGGAUGGGGAAGCACGGUUCCGUCACCCAAGAAUAACCCAGUAAUGACAUCUGAACGCGUGGGAAGUGUUUCCCUCUACACUAAGAGGAUCUAAGGCUGUACCCUAGUGGAAUUCCCUGCUCAAAUUGGAAGACCACGCAAAGGAAGAUGGAGAUAUCAUAGCAAGAGCACUGAGGGCUUAGCUGGUCAGGAAUGAAAAUACCCGAGGGUAGGGGACAUUAGAAGCCAGCAUCCCCCAGUUAGUAGGUUGAAGCUGUGCUGUGCUUGACCGACUGAAGAGCCAGGUGACCAACUGGAGCUCUGACUGCCGCUGGAGAUAUGAGAGGGACGCGACGCCGCUGGGCACCGAGUCAGAGUCACGAGAGGCAGCCCAGCUGUGCCCAGCGGGCCAGCGCCAGACCCUGGCGUCCUCCAUCUUCUCUCCUGAGCUCCCCCUGCUCCAGCUGCCUGAGCCACGGACCGCAGCAUCACACACCCCCGCGGGGGGGGACGCCGCGCCCCAUCCCCGCCCCCGGCCCCACCCCAGCCCCCGCGCGGGCGCCCUGACCCCACCGCCCGCGGGCACUGGCUGAGCUCCGAGGCGGCGCGCCGGCGGCGGGGACGCCCGGAGGGGGUCGGAGCGGCUGGGGGCGGCGGCGGCCGGGCCGGGGCUCCCCCCCCGCCCGCGCUCGCCGCCGCGGUGGUGCGUCCCGGAGGUUACCGGAAGUGGCCGCGCUCGGCGCUGCCAUGUUGAGGAGCCGCCGCUGCCGCUGCCGCCGCCGCCGCCGCCGCCGCUUUGUUGUCGCCUCCUCCGGCUGAGGAGGCUCCCCGAGCGGGGGGAGUGGGGAGGAGGGGGGUCGGCCGCCGCAGCCAUGGAGGCCAACUGGACCGCGUUCCUGUUCCAGGCCCAUGAAGCGUCCCAUCACCAACAGCAGGCAGCGCAGAACAGCUUGCUGCCCCUCCUGAGUUCUGCUGUGGAGCCCCCUGAUCAGAAACCGUUGCUUCCAAUACCAAUUACUCAGAAACCCCAGGCUGCACCAGAGACAUUAAAGGAUGCCAUUGGGAUUAAAAAAGAAAAACCCAAAACUUCGUUUGUGUGCACUUACUGCAGUAAAGCAUUCAGGGACAGCUAUCACCUGAGGCGCCAUCAGUCCUGCCACACAGGGAUCAAGCUGGUGUCUCGGGCAAAGAAAACCCCCACCACGGUGGUUCCCCUUAUCUCCACCAUUGCUGGGGACAGCAGCCGAACUUCGCUGGUUUCAACUAUUGCAGGCAUCUUGUCAACAGUCACUACAUCGUCCUCGGGCACCAACCCCAGCAGCAGUGCCAGUACCACAGCAAUGCCUGUGCCCCAAUCUGUCAAGAAGCCUAGUAAGCCUGUCAAGAAGAACCAUGCCUGUGAGAUGUGUGGGAAGGCCUUCCGGGAUGUGUACCACCUCAAUCGACACAAGCUUUCCCAUUCGGACGAAAAGCCUUUUGAGUGUCCCAUUUGUAACCAGCGCUUCAAGAGGAAGGACCGGAUGACUUACCACGUGAGGUCUCAUGAGGGAGGCAUCACCAAACCAUAUACUUGCAGUGUUUGUGGGAAAGGCUUCUCCAGGCCUGACCACCUAAGCUGUCAUGUAAAACAUGUGCAUUCAACAGAAAGACCCUUCAAAUGCCAAUUUUCCUCCCUCAUGCAGACGUGCACUGCUGCCUUUGCCACCAAAGACAGACUACGGACACACAUGGUGCGCCAUGAAGGCAAGGUAUCAUGUAACAUCUGUGGGAAGCUCUUGAGUGCAGCGUAUAUCACCAGCCACUUAAAGACACAUGGGCAGAGCCAAAGUAUCAACUGUAACACGUGUAAACAAGGCAUCAGCAAAACUUGCAUGAGUGAGGAGACCAGCAAUCAGAAGCAGCAGCAGCAGCAGCAGCAACAGCAGCAGCAGCAGCAACAGCAGCAACAACAUGUGACGAGCUGGCCAGGGAAGCAGGUAGAGACACUGAGACUAUGGGAAGAAGCUGUCAAAGCGAGAAAGAAAGUACCAAAAGUUUGAUCCUCUAGAGUGAAAAGAAGACUGGAGGGGAGGCAGGGAAGUGGCACCCGAGACAGAAACGCCUUCCUUUGAGCGAGAUGAGAAGAACCUCAGCAGUGACAUCAUCACCCAGGAAGCAGAAAGCACGUGUGCCUCUCCCGUCCCACUCCAUGCACGCUGUGUUCCGUUGCUCUUGAGUCUUUUCUGUUUGCUCUGCACAAUGAGACUUGUUCAGCUCAUCUUCUGACCUGCGUUAAACAGAGUGCUACUGUGUUCCUCUUUGUAGCUGGAGUUGCUCUCUGUUAGUAACACAUUUGGGAGAGAGGAGACUGCUAUAUUGAAAACCUAAUGAAAAUCUAAACAUGAAUCAGAAAUGUCACUUUUUUGUUUGUUUUUGUUUUUUUGAGACAGGUUCUCACUGUGUAGCCCUGGCUAUCCUGGAGCUCCCUAUGUAGACUAGGCUGGCCUCAAAUCCAGAGAGCCACACCUAGCCAGAAGUGUCCUUUAAAUAUUAUACCUGAAUAAAUGUUAAAUUCCCAAACCUGGAUAAAAGUCAGAUAAUCAUUGAGGAAACUUUAGCUUUAUAAAUUUCCCAGGCUCCGUUUCAGUUUCUCAAUCAAAUGUCCCAACAGUCUAUUUUAAAAAAAAUAUGAAGCCUCUCUGGCUGGUUUCCAUCGUCAGUCUUGUGUGGCAGCUCCUAGUGUGUAGUGUGGUGCACACAGCUAAGUCACACCAAUCAAAGAGGGCUGCUCACUGACCCGAAGCAGUUUGACGCUGUGCACACCUCAAGCUGUAGAUUUGAAUGGGCAUCCAAGGUCUGUCUCCUUAUGCUCUUUUAUGUCAUAUUGAUAGGAGGUACUGGAUCUUCUUGAGGGGGAGGGAGGUGCACUGUCACCUUCUAGGGAUUUUCAUAAAUUAAGAUUUAUUAUUUAUGUGUAUGAAUGUUUUGCCUUAAUGUAUGUCUGUGUACCAUGUGCAUACCUGGUGCCAGCAGCAGCCAAAAUAGGCUUCGGCUCCUCUAUAACUGGAGUCACAGAUUGUUCUGAGCCACCAUGUAGGUGCUGGUAGAACCCAGGCUGUCUGCAAGGGUAACAUGUACUCUUCACUGCUGAGCCAGCUCUUCAGCCCCAGGAGUCUUGUAAAGAACUAUUGAAGCAUUGCUGGGAAACAAGGGCUGGGGUUCCUCAACAGGCCACAGGACUUCCUUGCUUUUCUUAGCCCUAUUUGGUGUGCUUAGAGGUGUGCGUAAUGUGUGCAGUUAGAUGAUGCUGGGCAUUACUAGAUAAUUACAUACAUAAUGUGUGCAGUUAGAUGAUGCUGGGCAUUACUAGAUAAUUACAUACAUAAUGUGUGCAGUUAGAUGAUGCUGGGCAUUACUAGAUAAUUACAUCAGCAUUCGAAGGAAGAGGAAGUGGGGUGGGGAGGAAAGAGGAAGACAGUACGGAGUAGUAGCUUCUCCCUUAAUAUAAAAAGCGUUAUAAACCAGGCGUGGUGGUGCACGCCUUUACUCCCAACAUUGGGGAAGUAGAGGAGGUAGAAGAUCUCUGUGAGUUUGAGACCAGCCUGGUCUACAUAGCCUGUUCCAGACCAGCAAAGGCUACAUAGUGAGACCCUGUCUCGGAAAGAAAAGAAACAUUACAAAUUACAUUAUUUACAGUGACUCAGACAGACACUGAAAUAGUGGUCAUCAUUCUUUAUCCGUUUCUAAAACCUCAACAGAAUGUGGCUUUACAUCUAAGAAGCCCUAGACAUGUUGUGUGCAUGAGUACACCCUGCUAGGUACAGUGCCUUCUGAGAAAUUGCUGGCACAGCUCUGUGUAGACAAGCUCUUUCCUGCUGGCCUGCUGCUGGUUGACUCUUCCCAGGAAAGACUAUAGAACUCAGGAGAACUGCAUGAAGGACGUGAGAACGUUUAGCCCUACUUAGAAUGACUUGCAGAAGCUAAGAGCCUCUCAGCAUCUCUGUGAGGUAGGUAAGUAACUCCGAACUGAAGUCAGAAGUUCAGGGCUAAACAAGCCACUCAGGUCUUCCCAAGCAUCAGAGAUGAGGUCCAUAUAGUGGGCUCCCUGGCCCCAGGGUGUGCUUAGGCGGUCCUUGCUUUGUAUUUGAUCACUUCGUAGAAACUGUAAUUUGAUUUAUUACAUGUUCUUUUAAAUUAAGAGGAAUUAGUUCAGAAGCUGAAUUUUGCUUAUAGUUUUGAGAGUCUAAAGUCCCCCUUUUGUCUUCUCC